AUGAGAUCAUCUCAUAAUGUGACGGUGAAAGAAAGUGUGGCAAUGUUUUUGCACAUUUGUGGUCAUAAUAUCACUCAGCAAAAUGCCAUGAGAACAUUUGGGCAUUCACAAGAGACGAUAUCCAGAAAAUUCCAUGAGGUUCUUGAUGUCAUGGAGAAGAUGGCAAUGGAUAUGUUUAAACCCGAUCAUAUGAGUCUCACUCAGGUUCAUCCUAAGUUGCGAUCUGACAAGCAUUAUUGGCCGUAUUUCAGAGGAUUUAUUGGUGCAAUGGAUGGGACACAUGUGCCUGUUAUGGUAUCGGGGCGAGAUCAACAGCGAUACUGGAAUAGAAAAAGCGUUUGCAGCAUGAACAUUCUUGCAAUUUGCAACAUGGAUAUGUUAUUCACAUACAUAUAUGUUGGUAUGCCUGGGUCUGCACAUGAUGCAAAAGUACUUGCUUUAGCUAUGCAAGGUGAUCCUAAUUUUCCACAUCCACCUGAAGGUAAGUAUUACCUUGUCGACUCAGGAUAUGCUUUACGGCGUGGGUAUCUAGGACCUUAUAGGCAAACUCGGUACCAUCAAAACCAGUUUCAAAAUCAAGCUCCACCUAGUAAUCAUAAAGAAAAAUUUAACCGUCGUCAUUCCUCACUUCGAUGUGUCAUUGAAAGAACAUUUGGAGUUUGGAAACGGAAAUGGAGGAUAAUGCAAGACAGGGCAAGAUACGACAUUGGAACAACAAGAAAGCUUGUGGCAGCAACUAUGACGCUACAUAACUUUGUACGUAAAUCAAGCAUACACGAUCCUGAUUUUGAUGUUGAUUGGAGGGAAGAUAGUGAUCAACAACCUCCAAUGAAUGAUGAUGAAGAAGCAGUUUUAGAAGAAGGGACCGGUUCGAGGGAAUACAUGGAAGGUUUACGAGAUAGUAUUGCAAUGGAUUUAUGGAAUACUCGUGGGUAG